CGCGCUUGCCGUAGAUGUUUGAAACAUGUGGAUGAUGAAGUGUGAAGCGCCGUAAAAAGGGGGUCGCUAAAAACAUAAAUAAACUACAUUAACAAGCUUGUAUUACACGCGGGUUGUGGGCUGAUGGCCGAUCGUCAGGCUCCCUCCGUGGCGAGGGACGCGGUGUUGAAGGAGAGCAUCUCUCUGCCGGAGGACAUGCCUCAGAUCAGGGGCUAUGACUUCAACCAGGGCGUGGAGCACAGAGCCCUGCUGCAGUCCUUCCUCUGCACCGGCUUCCAGGCCAGCAGCUUCGGCCUGGCCGUGCAGGAGAUCAACAAGAUGAUAGAGAAGAGACUGGAGGCGGAGCCGGAGCCGGAGGAGCACGAGGGCUGUGAUUCACACACAUCUGCUUCAGGAUGCACCAUUUUCUUGGGCUACACAUCCAACCUGAUCAGCUCCGGCGUGCGAGAGAGCAUUCGCUACCUCGCACAGCACAGAAUGGUCGAUGUGAUAGUGACCACAGCAGGAGGGAUCGAGGAAGACUUUAUCAAAUGUUUAGCACCCACUUACCUCGGUGAGUUCAGUCUGAAAGGCAAAGAGCUACGGCAGCAAGGCAUUAAUAGAAUAGGUAAUCUCUUGGUACCAAAUGAUAAUUACUGUAAGUUUGAAGACUGGCUGAUGCCUAUUUUGGACCAAAUGGUGCUGGAACAAAAAACAGAGGGCACACACUGGACACCCUCCAAAAUGAUCCACAGACUAGGCAAAGAAAUCAACAACCCAGACUCGGUGUACUACUGGGCUUAUAAGAAUGACAUCCCAGUGUUUAGUCCCGCCCUCACUGACGGCUCAUUGGGUGACAUGAUCUAUUUCCACUCGUAUAAGAAUCCCGGCCUGGUGCUUGACAUUGUGGAGGUGAAUAUUCGGCGGCGUUUGAACAGCAAGGCGGUGUUUGCCAAGACCACAGGGAUGAUCAUUCUCGGGGGCCUCGUCAAGCAUCACAUCUCCAACGCCAAUCUCAUGAGGAAUGGAGCAGAUUUUGCGGUGUUUGUCAACACUGGUCAGGAGUUUGACGGCUCCGACUCCGGCGCUCGUCCGGAUGAAGCCGUUUCCUGGGGGAAGAUCCGCAUGGACGCCACACCUGUAAAGAUCUACGCCGAUGCUUCUAUAGUCUUUCCCCUUUUAGUGGCUGAAACGUUUGCACACAACGCCAGCAGACUGAUCAAGGAGAAGAAGAGCGAUUGAUGAAUAUAGAAUUAUCUGUGUAUAUAUCUUAGUUUCUUAUGGUCUUUGCGUGCUGAUGUUUGGCAUAAUAUGUUCGAAAUCAACUUCACUAGUUUACCAGCUUUUAUGUUUAUUUUUGUACCUUUGUGAGAUGGCACAGUGUGUGUUUUAUGGCAUUGCAUCCUUCAGUGUUACUGCACAAAAUCUUGUGCUCUGCUUGUGCAUUUUAUUUUGUCUGGAUGUUUAUAACCUACGUUAUUUAAUUAUUAUACUUGCAUUGCGUGGAUAAUAAAUGAAUCGUCAACAUCUACUGGAAUAUUAAAUAAUGUAUAACAGAAUGUAUAAUAAAUAAAAAAUAUAUAUA